AUGGCUUCAUCUCGCGCAGGUCGGACCUUGCGGCAACGCAUAUUAAACAGUGCAAAGCACAAUUGGAGCCUCGGUUUCACCUCGUUUGGCGGUCCACCAGUACAUUUCAAGAUUUUUCACACUCUAUAUGUUGAGAAGCUGCAAUGGAUCGACGAACAAAUUUACCAGGAGCUCUUUAGCGUCUCCCAGGCCCUCUCGGGACCUGCAAGCACAAAGAUGCACUACUGCGUGAACCUGCUUCACGACGGCUUCCUGCCCGCCGCCAUGUCCUUUUUCCUGUGGAGCCUGCCCGGCGCCCUGGGCAUGUUUGGCCUUGCCCUGGGCGUGUCCACCAUUGGCGAGUCGCUUCCGGGCCCCGUCUACGCGCUCCUGUCCGGGCUCAACGCGGCCACGGUGGGCAUCAUUCUGCUCGCCGCCGUGCAGCUGUCGGAAAAGGCCAUUACAAACAAGAUGACGAGGCUGCUAGUCUUUGGCGGCGCGGCGGCGGGCUUGCUGUACAAUGCCCUGUGGUACUUUCCGCUGCUGAUGGCGGCGGGAGGCAUCGCGGCGCUCGUUUACGAUUUUAGGUGGCUUCAGCGCUCGUUUAGGGCUGCUGUGGGAGUCAUUACACGGAGCAGCAGCCGUGCACGGGAGGCAGAAGAAGAAGAACAUCCGAGAGAAAGGGUACACGUGGAACUGGACAGCGUCACUGCGCAAGGGGCUCGUCGAGAUGAUGUUACGGCAAACCAUGAUGUUGUCAGUGACGAAAUGACUGCUGCGAGGGAGCUGCCUCUGCGGGCUCAAGCGAGUAGUGAUGAACACGCCCGAGUCAUUCCUGCAAGUCACCAGCUCAACAUGUCCUGGCGAGUUGGACUAGGCAUCAUCGUCCUCUUCCUCGCCUCCUUUGUGGUUGUCAUUGUCCUCCGCGGCACCGACACGCCUGCGCGUGACUCGCUCGCCUUUCGCUUCUUUGCCAACAUGUACCUCGCCGGCACCAUCAUUUUCGGCGGCGGCCCCGUCGUCAUUCCGCUGCUGCGCGAGUACGUCGUCGCGGAGAACUGGGUGCUGCCGCGCGAUUUCCUCAUUGGUCUGGCCAUUCAGCAAAGCUUUCCCGGCCCCAACUUUAACUUUGCCGUCUAUCUCGGCGCGCUGACUGCCAGGAACAAUGGCUUCCACCCGGUGCUCGGCGCCAUUCUCGGCUUUGUCGGCAUCUUUGCGCCCGGGCUCGUCAUGGUGCACGGCACAAUGGGCGUUUGGGGCGCCGUGCGCGGCUCGCCGGGCGUCAAGUCGUUCCUCAAAGGACUCAAUGCCAUUGCGGUGGGCCUGAUAUACACGGCCGUGUAUCGGAUUUGGCAGAUUGGCUACAUUGCGCAAGGCUUUCAGCAAGGCACCAGCCUGGCGGUCGAACCCUGGUGGGUGGUUGUGACGGCAACGUCGUAUGUUGGGGGUUAUUGGUUUGGCAUGAAUCCGCCCACAGCAAUCAUUCUUGGCUGCGUAAUGGGAUUGAUUUGGUACGGAAUCGUGUCCAACUAG